AUGGAUAACCCUGUCGCCAUCAAGAACUCUAAUGUCGGGGCUGGGACGGUGUCCCAGAGUACCAUACAUCAACAUUUUGUGGAAGUCCCGAGAGGAAAACCAUUGACAGCGGAGAAUGUCCCAAACGCUGCCUUCAAUGCCGCAAACAAGCAGCAUAUGCCCCUGUGCCUCCCUGGUACCAGGCAUGACGUCCUAAGGGAGAUCCGAAAAUGGGCUGAUGGGCAGAGGGGUAGUGUAUAUUGGAUGAAGGGCAUGGCUGGUACAGGCAAGACCACUAUCGCUCUUACUAUUGCCACCGAGUAUCAUGAAGAAUGCCGCCUCGGUGCAAGCUUCUUUUUCUCAAGACAGGGGGACUCUCUGUCAAAGUCUCGUGGGUUCCCAGCUACGAUAGCGACCCAAUUAACAAAAGUCUCAGCAGAGCUUCGGGACCGGAUUGGGGAAGCUUUCGAGGCCAACUCGGACAUCCACAGUCUUGGGCUACUUUAUCAGUGGAAAUUGCUAGUUCUCGAACCGCUCGCGAAGAUGCGUCACAGCUUACCUUCUCCUCUGAUCGUGGUCAUCGAUGCAUUGGAUGAGUGCGAGAACUCACAGGACCUACGUCUAUUGAUAGACUGUCUCGCAUCUUGCUCUGACGACAUCCAACUACGUUUCUUCGUCACCAGUAGGCCAGAGGGGUCUAUCGAAUCAGCGAUGGGGAGGGUCACGGAGAACCAAGUCCGGACCUUUGUGCUUCACGAUAUCGAAGUGGACAAAGUCAACAAGGACUUGAUGGAAUACUACAGAGAAACUUUUACGACCAUCGAACAAGACACUGGGCUGGAGGGAUGUCUCCUGACACAAGAGAGACUGGAUCAGCUGGUCAAGCGGUCUUUCGGACUGUUCAUCUAUGCUGCCACCACAUGCCGCUUUGUCCACGAAGGAGGUCCACUAGCCGAAGAUCGGCUCAAGACUCUGCUCGAGGCACAUCGGCCCCUGCUAAGUGCAGAAGCAGAACUUGACCAGAUGUACAGGACAGUUUUGAUGGGCUCUCUUACGGCCACCAUGGGCCCAGGAGAGCUGAUGCGUGUGCAAGAUUCUUUCAACACUGUUGUCGGAUGCUUGGUGGCACUCUUCGACACCGUUUCAGUAGAAACACUAGCGACGAUCCUCGCACAGCCGCCAACCACGAUCAUGGCAACAAUGAAACGCCUUCACUCAGUGCUAGAUGUCCCAAAGCAACACAAUAAACCGAUAAGAAUCCUGCAUCCGUCCUUCCAGGAUUUUCUUCUCGAUCCAUCAAGGUGCGGGGAACAGUUCUCGGGCGACAUUCAGGACAAGCACCGCCUUCUUCUUGAUUCGUGUCUCCGAAUCAUGUCAAUCAAUCUGAAGCAAAACAUUCUGAGGCUUGAGCGACCAGGAACUCGGGUCAGCCAGAUAUCAAAAUUGGAAGUGACCAAAGCGAUCCCUUCUCAUGUCCAGUAUGCAUGUCUGCAUUGGUUUCUGCACUUACAGAUGACCGAUCUCGAUCCACGACAGGAUCGGCAAAUCCUUGACUUUUUUCAAGUAGGACUCCUGUUCUGGCUCGAAGCGCUGUCUUGCAUGGGCCGGCUGCGCGAUGCGUUUGACGCCAUGGACAUUUUAGAAAGCAUCAUGAUGAAAACUGAGAAUACAGGAAUCGUUUCUCUCUUGCAGAAAGCUGGGGCUUCACUUACAGGUUCCGCAUCUUUGUCACCAAUGCUCGACGAUGCCAAGCGAUUUCUUUUCAGUCACAGUCUAGCAAUCUCACAAGCUCCCUUGCAGUUGUAUUGCUCUGCCUUGAUAUUCAGCCCGGGUAACAGUCUCACAAGAAAGCAAUAUAUCCAUCUUCUCCCCACAUGGAUCUCGGAGACCCCAUCUCUUCCCAAGGAUUGGAACCUCUCUUUUCGAACAAUUGAACCUAAGCAAGAAUUGGAGCGCAUUGUCUACUCUUCAAACGGUCGAUUCAUCGCUAUCCUUUUCCGCCGUGGCACUCUCUGUCUGUACGAUCCCCUAGGCAUGAAGCUAUGGGAGACCAAAUCCCACUCCACUCCAUCACAUGGCCUGGCCUUCUCGCCUACAGAAGAUCUGCUGGUCACUGUGUCGAAAAAUGACGGAACGACACGGUUCUGGGAUGCUAAGACGGGCAGGGAAACGCAGCCCCGGCAAAGAUAUUACAAUCCCGGUGCCGGUUUGAGUUAUGCAGUACCAACAUUCUCACCUGACGGAUCUUUAAUCAUUGCCGCUGCUACGCAUGAGAAAGUACAAGUGUGGUACGAGUCGACAGGAAAGUUGCAAGUUCUAGCAUGUCCCCGGUCCCGCACGGCGGUGUUUUCGCCCGACGGCACAAUUUUAGCAGUUGUUUCAGAUGGCGGAGUUCGGCUUUGGAGCUUAUCAUGCGAUGAAGAGAUUUGGGAUCAUCAAGCGCGAGGUCCGAUAGCUCUUGACGGCGAGCUUGAAGUAGCAUUUUCUCCUGACGGGAAACUGUUGGCGACGAAUAAUUCCUUCAUCAUACGACUCUACGAUGCGGCAACUGGAGUCAAACUCAGGACUAUCGAUGAGUUCCUAAUCAAAUCCAGUCGGUUUCUGCAGUUGGAUGAAUUAGGUGUGGGACCAAUCGCCUUUUCUUCCGAUGGAGAGCUCCUUGUCGCGGCAUCGGCCUGCGGGAAAGUAGGAAUGUGGAAAACCAAGAACGGCUCGAGGAAGUGGCUACAUCACGGCGACAGUGGCGAUGGUAAUGCGAUCGCUUUCUCGCCCGAUGGAAGGCUUAUGAUUAUUGCAAUGGGCGAUAACUCCGUCAAGUUUUGCGACAUGUCAAUCAUCAGCAGGGCGCAGCAACCCUUACGAGGGCUUCCAAGUGUAAAAUGCGAGUACAUGAUUACUGUCUCACGGAGUCGUGAAAUCGUAUUGAUGAACUUUUUGACGGGCGAUGGAAUCACGGUUUGGAAUACAAAGACGGGAAUAGACCAACGACUUCUCGAACCAGAAUCGGUCUUAUCUGCAGUAUUGUCGCCGAACGAGAAAACCAUAGCCACUGUGUCGUAUUCCCGGGAUUCGCCUCCCAAUGAUACAUACUAUAUGCAGUUUUGGAGUGCUGAAAACUAUGCCAUGGUUGGUGGUUUUGGCUUUCAGCGCCGCCAUGACCAGCCAGAAGGAGUCGCGCUCUCACACGACGGCGAUUUAGCAGCAGUUGUGACCAUCUUUGGGGAUGUGCAGGUCAUGGAAAUGACAACAGGCAUGCUUUACGGCUUUUUCUCCGGACGACAAGGAAAUAUCGAUACUGUAUAA